GUUCGAGUUGGUUGUGUCGUUGUGUCAGGAAUUUCGUACCUUCGGGGUUUUAGACUUUUUUUAUUUCUGAAAACAAAAUAAAUAUCAAAGCAAUAAAAUUCUGUUGAGUUGAACUAGUUUAUUCUAAUUUCGAGCGAGUGAAGACGGUACUACUAGAACAGCAAGUGUGGAUACAGUGAUCAGGCGAAACACUAGGUUCUGUGAAAAAGUAGGCAGGUAGUUCCAAAACAGGUACUCACCUACAUGUCGGAGUCACGCGGGAUCAAAAGACUCUAUUGAAAAAGCAAUUGAGCAUAUCACGUUUCUAUCAUGUCCCACCAUAGCGACGACAACAUGCUCAUAGCGACCAGCGACUCGUUCUGGGAACCAGGCAACUACAAAAAGACUACGAAGCGGAUCGAGGACGGAUACAAACUCUGCCAAGAACUGAUUUCGUUGGUGGGCGAACGGGCCGACAUCGAGAGGAACUACGCCAAAUCGCUGAAGGCCUGGUCGAAAAAGUGGAACGAUGCCAUCGAGAAGGGACCAGAGUACGGUACCACGGAGGCGGCUUGGAAGGGAGCACUCGUCGAGGCCGACAGGAGAUGCGAUCUUCAUUCUCGGAUCCGAGACAGUUUAACUAACGACGUGAUAAAUAAAGUUAAACAGUGGCAGAAGGACAGUUAUCAUAAGUCGAUGAUGAAUAUUAAAGAGAAAAAAGAUAUGGACGAUAAUUUUAAGAAAGCUCAAAAACCUUGGACGAAACUGCUACAGAAAGUAGAAAAAACCAAGAAUGACUAUCACACGGCCUGCAAAACAGAAAAGUCAGCCUCAAAUCAAGAAAGAAACGCUACGGGCGACACAUCUUUUUCUGCGGAUCAGGUUAAAAAAAUGCAAGAGAGGGUACAAAAGUCUAAAGAUGAAGUUCAGAAAUGUCGAGAAAAGUACGAACUAUCUCUACAGGAAAUCAAUCAAUAUAACCCCAAAUAUAUGGAAGAUAUGACUGUCGUCUUCGAUAAAUGUCAAGAAAUGGAGGCUCAACGGCUCAACUUCAUAAAAACAGUUCUUUUCGAAAUACACAAGUACCUCAAUUUAUCCGAUGAUAUCACGUUAAAUCAGAUAUACGAAGAAUUCUACCACACAAUAAAUAACGCAGACUAUGAAAAAGACUUAAAAUGGUGGUCGAACAACCACGGCGUCAAUAUGGCCAUGAACUGGCCGCAAUUCGAGGAAUACACUGAGGAGUUUCGUGACAUCCACAAAGGCAAAUCCAAAGAUAGCUCGCCGUCGGGAAUCACUUUGAUCCAUCAGCGACCAGUGGGAGAAGAUUUGCAUGAUUACUCGACUCAGAAAUCUAUCAAGAAGGAAGUGCCAAACAAACCCUCAACUGUGGUAACACAGAGUACUGAAGUUAAGCCAAGAAUAGAAGCUAGCAGUAGUCCUUCCAAUACAAUAACAAAUGGUUCGGCGAACAAAGCCAAUGAAUCAAAUCCAUUUGAAGAAGAGGAAUGGGAAGAGAACGAUGCCCUUGUAGACCAUGGUGAACCGGGUGUUCCGGUUAAAGCCUUAUACGAUUAUGAUGGAGCUGAAAACGAUGAGCUUAGUUUUAAAAUUGGUGACGUUUUUGAAAAAUUGGAGGACGAAGACGAGCAAGGUUGGUGCAAAGGGAGGAAAGACGGCCGAGUCGGCCUCUACCCCGCCAAUUACGUCGAUGUGGUUUCUCACUAAAAUAACGUACUCAUCAAUAAGUAUUAUUAAAUAUGUAAAAAUGUUAUAAAUUAUUGUUAUUUUUUUAGACAUAAGUAAAAUAUAUAUGUACUACAUGUUUAUUUAUCAAA